CCGUGGCGGGGGCAGCCUCGCACCGCUCUGCCGCCCGUACCGCCAUCCUCCUCCCCGCUGCUUGCUCGUCUUUCCCCGCGGCAACGCAAGGAUCCCGGGGGAGGCAAGAUGGAAGAAAUCCUGCGAAAGCUGCAGAAGGAGGCGUCGGGGAGCAAGCACAAGGCCAUCAAGGAGAGCUGCACCUGGGCGAUUGAAACCUUGGAUUCUCCUGAUGCUGCUGUCAAGGUACCUCCGUAUCAGCUAAGAGAGAAGUGUCUCCUUCCUCUCCAACUGGCUCUGGAAUCGAAGAGUGUGAAGCUAGCCCAACAGGCUCUAGCAGGGAUGCAGAAGCUGCUGUCUGAUGAGAGGUUUGUAUCCGUGGAAACAGACUCAGAUGAGAAACAGUUGCUUAAUCAGAUGCUGAAUGCCGUCAAAGUGACUCCUUCCCUCAAUGAGGACCUGCAGGUUGAAGUCAUGAAGGUCUUGCUCUGUAUAACAUAUACCUCCACAUUUGAACUGAAUGGAAGUUCAGUGUUGAAGAUUGCUGAGCUGUGUUUUGCAUGCCAUAGAGCUGGAAGUCCCCGAAUGCAUGAAAUGAUCAAAAUGUCCGUUGCAAAACUCCUUGGGGCCCUGAGCUCUCGCAUUUUUACUGAUGUUUCUUCAUCAAUGGCUUUUCAAAAGGUUUGCAUUGAGACAUAUGUAUCUAGCUGUCACCAGCGGAGCAUUAACACCGCUGUGCGGGCAACCCUCAGCCAAAUGUUGAGUGACUUGACUUUACAGUUACGACAAAAGCAAGAAAACAUGACAAUUGAAAACCAUGACACCUUGCAGAAAGUCAAGAGUCAAGGUGCUUCCACUGAAUCUCUUUGUGAUGAUGUUGUAUCUGUCCUCACUGUGCUCUGUGAGAAGCUGCAGGCUGUCAUAAAUGACAAUCGGCAACUUCAGCUUCUUUACUUGGAGUGCAUCCUCUCCAUGUUAAACAGCUCCUCUCCCAGCAUGCACCAACACAAAGGAUUCACAGAUCUAAUAUGGAAGCAACUGUGCCCAGCCCUAGUAGUAAUCCUGGGAAAUCCAAUCCAUGACAAAACCAUCACCUCUGCCCACAGCAGCAUCUGCAGUGAGGCUGAUUCACCUUCAUCAGGCAUCUCUGACCAUGGCCGGGGUUCAGGUUGUUCCUCCACAGCACCUGCCCUUAGUGGGCCCGUGGCACGGACCAUAUAUUACAUUGCAGCAGAACUAGUUCGACUGGUGGGGUCAGUGGAAUCCAUGAAGCCUGUGCUGCAGUCUCUUUAUCACCGAAUAUUGCUUUACCCACCACCUCAACACCGAGUAGAAGCCAUCAAAAUUAUGAAGGAGAUACUUGGCAGUCCUCGGCAGCUUUGUGAUUUGGCAGGGCCUUGCUCUUCUGAGUCGGAAUCCAGGAAGAGGCCUAUUUCUAAAAGGAAGUCCCACCUGGAUCUUCUCAAGCUUAUCAUGGAUGGGAUGACAGAAGCGUGCAUCAAAGGUGGUAUUGAAGCAUGUUAUGCUUCAGUGUCCUGUGUCUUUGCCCUGCUUGGAGCAUUAGAUGAGCUGAGCCAAGGGAGGGGUCUUAGCGAAGAACAGAUCCAGCUGUUGCUGCGGCGCUUAGAAGAAUUGAAGGAUGGGACUGAGACGAGCAGGGACUCUGUGGAGAUCAAUGAUGCUGACUUUAGGUGGCAGAGGCGCAUCCUGUCCUCAGAAAAUCCAGCCUGGGAAUCAGGAAAUGAGAAGAGUCCUGAUAUUAGCAUUAGCGUUACCACUGACACUGGUCAGACCACUUUGGAAGGGGAUAUGGGACAGACGACUCCAGAGGAUAAUCCAGAAAGUCAAAAAAACUCACUACCAUCUCCAGCUGGGCAUGAAAGCAAAGAGAUUCACUACAGAGAACCAGAGUCAGAAACCAUUGACCAACCAGAUGUUGUUCAGAGGAGCCACACCAUAGUCUAUCCAGAUAUAACUAACUUCUUAUCAGUUGACUGCAAGACCCGGUCCUAUGGAUCUAGAUACAGUGAAAGUAACUUCAGUGUAGAUGAUCAGGACCUUUCUAGGACUGAGUUUGAUUCAUGCGAUCAGUAUUCCAUGGCAGCAGAGAAGGACUCAGGCAGGUCAGAUGUCUCGGACAUAGGCUCUGACAAUUGCUCUCUGGCUGAUGAGGAGCAGACACCACGAGAUUGUCCAGCUCACAAAUCCUUACGUACUGCUGCUCUCUCUCUGAAGUUACUGAAAAACCAAGAAGCAGAUCAGCACAGUGCACGGCUGUUUAUCCAGUCACUUGAAGCUCUUCUUCCUCGGCUUAUAGCUCUUCCCAGCAUAGAGGAGGUGGAUGGAGCACUGCAGAGCUUCUCGUCAACAUUCUGCUCAGGUAUGAUGCACUCACCAGGAUUUGAGGGAAACCUAAAUUUCAGCUUCCAGACUCUGAUGAAUGCAGACAGUCUCUACAUGGUCUCACAUUACACUCUGCUGCUCAACCUAAAGUUGGCCAACUCGGAUUACUACAGGAAGAAGCCUGCCCAAGCCCCUGUGUUGCUGAAGGAGUUCAUGAAGCAGGUCCAGUCCAGUGGAGUACUGAUGGUAUUUUCCCAGGCCUGGGUUGAAGAAUUGUACCACCAGGUACUCGAAAGGAACAUGCUGGGUGAAGCUGGGUACUGGGGAAGCACUGAAGAGCACAGCCUUCCACUUAUCACCAUGCUGACUGAUAUUGAUGGCUUGGGAAGCAGUGCAAUUGGUGGCCAGUUGAUGGCAUCUGCCUCAGCUCAAUCUCCUCUUUCUCAAAACCAGAAGACAGAUGAUUCUGUCAUUGCAGGAGUUGCUUUUGCCCGAUACAUUUUAAUCGGCUGUUGGAAGAACUUGAUUGACACUUUGUCCACCCCACUUACUGGUCGCAUGGCAGGCAGCUCUAAGGGGCUGGCCUUCAUCUUGGGAGCAGAAGGAGCCAAGGAACAGAAUCAGAAAGAAAAGGAUUCCAUCUGUGUGAGCCUGGAUGGACUGAGGAGGGCAGCCCGGCUGAGCUGUGCUCUAGGAGUUGCUGCUAACUGUGCAUCUGCUCUUGCCCAAAUGGCUGCUGCCUCCUGUGUCCAAGAAGAGAAAGAGGAAAAAGAAAUCCAAGAGCCCAGUGAUGCUAUAGCUCAAGUGAAACAGAAAGUGGAACAGAAACUGGAGCAGAUGGGGAAAGUGCAGGGAGUCUGCCUACACACGGCUCAUGUUUUGUGUAUGGAUGCAGUCCUUAACGUGGGCCUGGAGAUGGGAAGCCACAAUCAGGACUGUUGGCCUCAUGUGUUCAGGGUAUGUGAGUACAUCAGCACGCUGGAGCACACUCACUUCAGUGAUGGUGCUUCUCAGCCCUCCCUUACCAUCACCCAGUCACAGCAAGCACCUGGAGGGCUUCAUCCAGACUCUGAGCCUGGGGAGUCUCCCCAGGCAGUGACCCCUGAGCAGGAGACUACCCUGAGCAGCAAUCCUGUCAUUCAACCGGUUUCCAUCCAGGAACUCAUCAAGGAGAGCAGUAAGGGCAGAGCCUUUGACUUCCGUGGAGGCAGCCUGCUGUGUGGGACCAGUGCUGCCAAGGCUGUUCUCACGCUCUCCACACAAGCUGACAGGCUCUUUGAAGAUGCUGCUGACAAGCUAAACUUGGUAGCAUUGGCAGGCUUCCUUUACCAGCUCAAGAAGGCUUCUCAAGCCCAGCUUUUCCAUUCAGUCACAGAUACAGUUGACUACUCCCUAGCAAUGCCAGGUGAAGUAAAAUCUACCCAGGACAGGAGAAGUGCACUUCACUUGUUCCGGCUUGGUGAUGCCAUGCUCAGAAUUGUCAGGAGUAAAUCUCGUCCCUUGCUGCAUCUCAUGCGCUGCUGGAGCCUGGUAGCACCGCACCUUGUAGAGGCUGCUUGUCAUAAGGAGAGACAUGUGUCUCGGAAGGCUGUCUCCUUCAUCCAUGACAUCCUCACUGAAGUGCUGACAGACUGGAACGAGCCUUCUCAUUUUCACUUUAAUGAGGCACUUUUCCGUCCCUUUGAGCGCAUCAUGCAGCUUGAGCUGUGCGAUGAGGAUGUCCAAGACCAGGUGGUCACUUCCAUAGGAGAGUUGGUGGAAGUGUGCUCUACCCAGAUCCAGUCAGGAUGGAGGCCCCUGUUCAGUGCCCUGGAAACAGUGCACAGCAGCAGCAAGUCAGAAGUUAAAGAGUACCUUGUAGGAGAAUACUCUAUGGGGAAACGCCAGGCUCCAGUGUUUGAUGUCUUUGAAGCGUUUCUAAACACAGACAGCAUCCAGGUCUUUGCCAACGCCGCCACCAGUUAUAUUAUGUGCCUUAUGAAGUUUGUCAAAGGACUAGGGGAAGUAGAUUGUAAGGAGAUGGGUGACUGUGUGCCAGGAUCAGGAUCUGCAUCUACAGACUUGUGCCUUCCCGCGCUUGAUUACCUCAGGAGAUGUUCUCAGUUGUUAGCCAAAAUCUAUAAAAUGCCCUUGAAGCCCAUCUUCCUCAGUGGCCGGCUGGUUAACUUGCCCCGACGAGUGCAGGAACAGUCAGCCAGCAGUGAGGAUGGUAUUGAGUGCAUCCUUUCUGACUUUGAUGACGACACGGGCCUUAUCAAUGUCUGGAUUAUUCUGCUGGAAGAAUUAACAACUGCAAUAUCCAAUUGUCCCCGCCAGCACCAGCCUCCUACUUUGGACCUGCUUUUUGAAUUGCUGAGGGAUGUUGCCAAGACACCUGGACCGGGAUUUGGUAUUUAUGCGGUUGUGCAUCUUCUUCUUCCCACGAUGUCUCUUUGGCUCCAUCGCAGCCAUGGUGAUCAUUCUUAUUGGGAUGUGGCAUCUGCUAAUUUCAAGCAUGCUAUUGGCCUUUCCUGUGAACUUGUAGUGGAGCACAUUCAAAAUUUCAUACACUCAGAUAUUGGCUAUGAAAAUAUGAUCAAUACUAUGUUGAAAGAUCUUUUCAAGUUGCUGGUGGCCUGUGUAGCAGAACCAACAGAAAUUAUUUCCAGAGUUGGCUGCUCUUGUAUCAGGUAUGUGUUAGUGACAGCAGGGCCUGUUUUUACUGAAGAGAUGUGGAGGCUUGCAUGUUGUGCCUUGCAGGAUGCAUUCUCUGCCACUCUGGAGCCAGUAAAGAACCUGUUGGGCUAUUUCCACAGUGGUUCUGAAAGCUUUAGUGGAGAUGCCUGUGAAGUGAAGGUGGCAGCCCCCUCCCUCUCGCCAAGUGCUGAAGCUGAAUACUGGAGAAUCAGAGCCAUGGCACAACAGGUGUUCAUGCUGGAGACUCAGUGCUCUCCAAAGACCCCUAGCAACAAAGAAGGGUUUGAACAUGCCCAGUCGUGCGUGCUCAUCAUUGACUUGCCAUCAGAUAAGAAACCAAACGGGCAUACUCAGAGGAGUAUUCCUUUCAGGACGAUAGUGGUGAGCUUGCUGUCCCACCAAGUACUGCUCCAGAACUUGUAUGACAUCUUACUGGAAGAAUUUGUAAAAGGCCCAUCUAACCUGGAGGAGAAAAUGACAAUACAAGUACCAGAAAACAAAUUGGCUGGUUUUCUCAGGUACAUCUCCAUGCAAAACCUGGCUGUCAUCUUUGACUUACUACUGGACUCUUAUAGAACAGCCAGAGAGUUUGACACGAGACCUGGGUUGAAGUGUUUGCUGAAAAAAGUGUCUGGCAUUAGUGGAGCUGCCAACUUGUACCGCCAGUCAGCAAUGAGCUUCAACAUCUACUUCCAUGCUUUGGUUUGUGCAAUCCUGACAAACCAGGAGAACAUCACAGCAGAGCAAGUGAAAAAGAUCCUCUUUGAAGAUGAUGAGAGAAGCACAGACUCAUCACAGCAGUGUUCUUCAGAAGAUGAAGACAUUUUUGAAGAAACUGCCCAGGUCAGUCCCCCUCGAGGGAAGGAGAAGAGACAGUGGCGGGCUCGAAUACCAUCUCUGAGCGUACAGCCUGUCAGCAAUGCAGACUGGGGAUGGCUAAUCAAGCGGCUUCAUAAGCUCUGUAUGGAACUCUGCAACAACUACAUCCAGAUGCAUCUGGACCUGGAGAACACGAUAGAGGAGCCUCCAAUGUUCAAAGGCGACCCUUUCUUCAUUUUGCCAUCCUUUCAUUCUGAAACCUCCACGCCCUCGACCGGAGGGCAAUCUGGGAAGGACACACCCUCGGAAGAUGACCGGAGUCAAAUCAGGGACCAGCUGGGAGAAAGCCUGACACCCCGAAGUGGGAGUGGAGAAAUGUUGCUGCUACCCCCACCCCUAAGUCCUAAAGCAGAGAAGAAAGAGCAAACCAGGAAAAAAGAGUGGUGGGAGAGUGCUGGCAACAAGAUCUACACCAUAGCCACUGACAAAACCAUCUCCAAGCUCAUGACAGAAUACAAGAAAAGAAAGCAGCAACAGGCCAUGACGUCCUUCACCAAAGAGGUCAAAGUGGACAAGAAAGGGGAACUCCUGGGUUCUAGAGGGCCGGAGUCACCCAUACUCCAGCGGCCACAACAUCUCAUAGAUCAAGGUCAAAUGAGGCAUUCAUUCAGUGCUGGUCCAGAGAUCCUGAGACAAGAGAAGAGACCACGCUCAGGAUCCACAGUCAGCUCUCUGAAUAUAUCUGUUAGGGAUGCCGAGGCUCAGAUACAGGCAUGGACCAAUAUGGUGCUGACCGUUCUCAACCAGAUUCAGGCCCUGCCUGACCAGACGUUCACAGCCCUGCAGCCCGCGGUGUUCCCCUGCAUCAGCCAGCUGACGUGCCACGUGACGGACAUUCGCGUCCGCCAGGCAGUGCGUGAGUGGCUGGGAAGGGUGGGACGAGUCUACGACAUCAUCCUUUAAACCUAGAACUCUGCCCCACUGCAGAGGGGAGAAGGCAUCCAAGGUAUACAGCAAGGAAGCAUUUGGGGUUCAUUCAUUGCCUGUUUGUUGGUGAUAAAUUAAGAAACAGCGAGCUUGUCAAUGUCUAUCCUCUGUCCACUUGAGACUGUGUCCCUCCCUCACACUAGCAAAGGAGGCCAAACGUGAAUGUGUCCAGGGGAUCUGGAAUGGCCCCAGAACCCCAGAAACUGCCAGUAGCUCAGUCUGGUGCCUAAUGGGGUGAUACAUUUCCGUAGCUUUCAUUUUAAUUCAGAUUUGCAACAACAAGAGACACAAACUUCAGCAGAACUUCCACACUUGCAAUUAACUGUGAAUGCAAUUGUCACUUGUAUGUGAAACCAGGCCAGUAAGCCGAUGUAACUCUUCAAAAAAAAAAUGAAGGAAAAAAGUGGGGCAAUAGGACAAAUGGUGACAUUUAGGGUAAAUAUUAUCCUUUCUGAAAUUAGCAUGAAGAGGGGAAAGCCAAAUAGAGAUUAUUAUAGUAACUAUAUGCCUCUCACUAGAGAAAGUGGAAACUGAUUUUGCUCUGAGAAGAGCCUUUGAAGUCUGGUCACAUUUGAGGUAGCUACUUAAGUAUCACACAUCCAGAACUGGUGAAGCAAGCACAGACUAUUUAUCCCUUCACUGCUCUCGUGGAGUGUUGCUUGAAGAGAAAUGGCACUGUCAAGCUGCUCUCUGUACAACAGUACCCUGUCUGCCUCUUCAGCCAAGCCUACAGCUGAUCAUUUUUCCCCAUGUCUUAAUUCUCACUAUGGGCAACAGGGAAGUUUGUUUUGCAGUUUCCUGUGAAGCUGGGGGGAAGACACACCACAGAGCAAAUACCAGCAUGUGCCAAUAGCCAGCAUUCAGCUACACCCAGUAGAGAUAACGUGUUCCAGUUUAAGCAACACUGCAGCUAAGUUAGCUUAUGCUUCUACUGGAAGUUUGUAUGUUUGCCAGGAACACCUUUAUCACCUUUGUUAAACUUAGCCUAUCACUCCACAUUGAGCUGAAUGAAGACAAAAAAUAGUCUGAAAGGAAGACAUCUUUCCCAUUUCUUUACCAUCUCUUGUCUGCUGCUAUAACUAGAGGACAGACCCUCAUGGAGGUACAUCCUUCUGUGUGCAGCACUCCUACAGGGACUACUACAAUUUACUGAUGUUAUUAAGGGGGAGGAGAAGGGAAAGGACUGACUGUUGUGUUGCCAAAUACCUAUGUGAUACUCUUCAGACUAGAUACAGCAAAAGUUACCUUACUGCACAGUCCCUGGGACAUUCCAUUUCAUACUCCUGUACUACUACAUAAUCUGUUGGUUAGAAGUUGAAAUAAUUUGUUGAAAAUAAGUUGAUUUUAAUCUUGGGUGCCCCCUUAGUGAUGUUCUCCCAAGGCUUCUAAAAUGUGGACACCAACUAAAUAUACAGCUUCAAUCCUUACUCCAAAGCAUCCUCAAAAUCACAUCUCUUUGUAUUAGGCCUGGAUUUUGCACAACAAGCUUUUAGCAUCUUCAACGUUGAAAAACAGAGGGAGUCAAGAGGCUCCACUGAACAGCCAUCACCCAAACUGAUGUGUUUACAAAGAGCCUGUCACUGUCCUCCUGCCUCUUUUGUCCAUUGCUCACUUUCUAUUUGUCACCUGCUGGAUUUGUGCAGGGAAUAUUUAUCCUGUAACUUCCUGUGGUGCUAAUCCCACUGUUUCACUUCCUUUCAAAACUUUCCUUUGCUAGUUUGCUUUAAAGACAUAAAAAUUCCAUAAAAACAACUCUCUCCUACCACCUACAGUGACUUUAUAAAAGGAAUAAUUUAACAAUAAAUUGUCAGUUUUUCCCAAACAGUUUUAAUAUUUGUGGAAAUGGGAGAGAGAAACUUUGGUUUGUGGGAGAGUAGUGGAAUGGUUUGAUUUCUGUUGCCAUGUCUUUCUUACACUCUUUCUUUAGUUAGAGUAAGAGAGUGGUUGUAUUUUUUGUUAAAGGAUUUACCGGUUAUCUAUAAAGACCAGCUUUUAAAGCAGUACAGUUAUUAGGCAACAGCAUAAAGCAGAAUAGUGAACUGUAUGCAGACCACCUAACUCUGCUGUUUUUCAUUACACAUGCAUUGAAUGGAUGUGGAUCCUUGCUGCACUAGUCUAAGGCAAAACCUUUAGGCCUCACAAAGCAAGUUUUAAGCUCAAAGGAGUCAGCACAACAGUCCCAGGACAAAGGGUAGUGGCACCAGCCUGUCCUAAGCUUUAGAAGGGGACUCACAGCUCUAAAUACCCCAGUCAUGUCCAGCUCUACCAUGCUAUAGCAGCUUCUCUGCUUUCUGCUUGGGAGUGAGGAAGUAUCUUUAGUCAGUGGCACAAAGUGGCACAACCAGAGGCUGUGUAGCAAAGCCUGAGCUUGCUCUUUCUCUUUGCUCUGGUUAAUCAUAGACUCAUUAGCGUUGGAAAAGAUCUUUAAGAUCAUCAAGACCAACCACUACCCUCACACUGCCAGGCCCAUCACUAAGCUAAACCACGUCCCUCAGCACCUCAUCUAUCCUUCUGAUAGCAGAGCUGAACCUCUGCUCCCUUUGCCUAGUUCACAUCACCCUCCUCAGGGCCACCACAGCAAUUAAAAGCAACAACAUUGUAUUUUAAAGUCUUGUAAGCCACCACCAAGAGAGGAGGUUGGUGUAGACCAUCAUCGACUACCAGCACGCCCAUGGAAUAGCUCAUCACAGUGCUCAAAGCUGAAAAACAAAGCAGCAUUCUCUUCAGGAAAGUGCUGCUUUCCAUGUCUAAUGGGACCAGGGUCUGACCCAAAUUGAUGUGGGCUCAGUCCACUGCAUACAUUUACACUUUAUUGUGUAGUGUGAAUACAUGCAGAUACAUGAGAUGUGUUUUGUGCAUAGAUUCUUGUAAGUCCAGCCACUGCCCUCCUCUGAGCACUCUGCAUGUUUAAAGAGCAAUACCUACAGUAGUAACGUGUUAAUCAUGCUCUCGGAAUACUUGUGUCACAACAGUAAAUGCAGUUUUCUGGUAACUUCCCCAAGUAAUCUUUCCUGAGCAUUCAACAGCAAUAGGAUUACCACCACUGUCUCUUGAUUAACAUGCUUUAAGAUCUCUAAGAUACAGAUUUAAUACUCUUAUAGUGAUAAACACUUAUGUGAGAGUAACCAACUUAAUUUAGCAUCUAGAAAGAAUCAUUAGGGAAAGAUUUACAUAGACCUGGGCAAAUCUUUCCUUGUAAAGCUCCAAGCACAGGCAACACAGCAUUUGCCUCAUCACAGAUAAAAAGUUCAUGUCCUCUGGCCUAUAGCUGGCUCAUAUCAAGGCCAAGCAGAGUUUACACCUGAGACUUGUAAGGUAGUUUGCCAUUCACUCAGAGCUUCAACUUCUGUUUAAAACCUUACUGUAAAAUUUGUUGACAAAUCUUUACUUGCUAAAGACGUAUCCCCCACCUCUACAUAGCUUGUGUUUCCAUAUGUAAUAUCCAUCGGCAUUUGAGAGAGUAGCAUUUCAGUGUUGAGAUCUCCACUGCAGAGCUCAGCAUAGCAUGAAAGCAAGUGGCAAAUGAGUUAGCAAGUAGAGAGGUGCAGCUCCUUGUGCUGCCUGCACUUUAUACAUUUCUUCACAGCUGAGGCCCCUGCUCAAAGUGUCUAAGCUGGGGAAGUCAAGAGGAGUUACCUCCCUGAAUGUCAUUAAUACUCAGGACUCAGUCAUUGAAUUCUUCAGUCCCUAUAUGCAGGUUCACAAGUUCUCAGGAAUGUCCUGUACAGUUCCUGAUGUCACCGUCUCUGCUGCUAUCCUCUGUACACCUCCUGUUUGAAAAACCCACAAGAAUCAACACAUGCUCUUGUGCAUCCCAGUGCCCCAGAACUACAACCUUCACUUUUUCACAGAUACAGUUUUAACAUAUAGGAGAUUGACCACUGCAAAGUCCUACCUAUCUCAUCUGUGUAGAAGCUUAUUCAGAAGUUUGUCAUGUGCUUUGGCUAUUGCCACCUUUUGCAGUCCCUUCUAGAAAUGCCAUUAUUUAGUGAUAAAUUGUUUUUAACAUAUAAAAAAAAUGCAAUGCUUUCUUUCCUCUCCCUUGCUUUUGAGGUGUGUGCUAAGAUUAUGCUUAAACAAGCUAUUGCUCUGGCUGUAGCCAUUUCUAGGAAGAUGUACAUACAAUGCUAAUCAUAGCACAUGGCAUGAAACAUAGGGUUUACUUUCAAAUUCCUGAUUGUCUCGCUGUUGUUUGAAGAAAUAAUGCAAUCUCAUCAAUUAAAAAGCAAAGUUUCUCUUUUCUCUCAGUAUAAAAGGACCAAGUUAGCAGUGCAUAGAAGCACAAAUACUGGAUUUUAUGCAAUGUAGAUAACAGCAUCAAGCAGCUAGAGAUCCCUCUUCACUGAACCUCCCUACUGGGAGUAGAGCUUCUAUAGGAAUACAACCUCAGGGUCUCUCAGCAGCCCUCACCAGCAACACGCUUGAGACUCCAGGAAGUUGUAGCUCCUCUUUCUGUUGUUUCCACUAAUUUCCCUCAGAACAAAUACUCUGUCUGUGACACUACUUGUAUAUCAUGUCAAACAAACAGCUUUAGCCAAACAUGGAGUGCUGGCUAUUUAAAAAAGGAGAAAAUAAAAAAGCACAUGGCAUUAAGGAUGUCUUUUGACUUAGUGCUCAGAGGUGUCCAAGCUAAAAACAAACAGCAGAGGGAAGAAGAAAUGCCCUAAUUCUGUGCAUAUCAGCAGAGCUGUGUGAUCCUGGAUUAAUGCAAUAAUGAGCUCACCUAGGGGACUAGAUGCCUCAAGGAUGCCUCCUUAUUUUUGACCAAUUUGCAAGUUGAGGUUUGCAUAGCCUCCACUGCCACGCUGAAUUAGGGAAGUGAGUUUCUGGAAGACUUUUAUUUUGUUAAGAAACAUGGCAACAGGAUCUAUUCCAAUCCUUUUACCCAAACUUCCCACUUUUCAAAAGGUAUUUUUAUACUUUCAUACAUUUAAUCCAAAUCCCAUGGAGCACCAGGGCCCUAUUUCUUAUCCAUGCCUUUGGUUUGUCUGGGCUACAGUGGAGGGCUGUGCUUCCAGUGGAAGCAAGCUGAGCCAAGAGGGAGGCACAGGUACACAGGCUCCAGCAAGGGACAAAUAUCACCUCCACAAGCAGGCCGUGGCCCCCAAGCCCCCAGCUCUACAUAAGGAAGCAGGAUUCAGUACCAAAGGUAGAACAGCCAGAAAGGGCAGAGCACAGUGGUGCCAGAGCCUUGUGCUGCACACUCUUGGCUAGAGCAGAGGGAAGCAAGAAGUUUAAAAGUAUACGAUGACAGCAGCAAGCAUCUUGUUUCAAUUCCUCCCAACUUUCUCUUCUUCCCCACUUCUCCCACCUUUUGUCAUUGUUUGUGAGACUGCAAACAUAGUUCAGUGGGCCCUUCAACCAGAACUGAAAACUGAAAGCAAGCCAAAGGGAGCAGAUGCUCCAUUUUGCCAAAGAUCUAACCCUUUCCUGUUCAAAACUUUAAAAUAAAUAGAUAAAUCAGAUUUUAUUUCCAUGAUGAUGGCUGCCAUAGGAAGCAUUUUACCACAACACAUGAUUCCCAGGACUUCAUCUCUCUAGCUGUAUAUUCAGGAGGAGCCACUGAUAUUUUCUAAGAGAGACUGUAAACAUCCUUGUCAAGCAAGUGCUUACACUGGGUUUACCUUCUACUGAGUUCAUGCCUAGCUGCAAUUCCCUGGGUCUCAUCCACAUUUCCUCCCUCUACCUUUCUGCUCUUCUUUAGAAAAAGACCUGCCCGUGUCCUGUUGUGCUGCUAGCUUUGUUUGGUCCUUGGGUGUCCAGUGGUCAGGCAGUCACUGUCAGCUGGCUUGCAAAUUGUAUUUUGUGUACAUUUUAUUCUGACCGAAUUCUGAAAUGGAAAUAUUUUAAA